AUGGCAAGUUCGGUGCCUCAAACACCCGAGGGGCGGACACCAGAAGCUCGUGUCCUGGUUGUCAUGACUGGAGGCACAAUAUGUAUGCAAAGGUCAGAUGAUGGUUAUGUGCCCGCCCGGGGCUUCCUCGAGCGUUGUAUGGCUCCACGACCUGAAUUCAACGAUGGAACCGAGGUCGAUCCAGUCAGUGUCGAUGUAGACGAUGAUGGCAAUAGCACAGAAUUGCCAACAUUGCGGACGCCUAUCAGCAAAUAUGGCAAAUGUAUCAGGUACGCUGUCUAUGAGUUCGACGAGCUGUUAGACUCGUCCUCGAUCGAUGCUAAAGGCUGGGCGCAAAUUGCGAAGACUAUCUGGAGGAAUUACACGUCUUUCGAUGGCUUUGUUGUGCUUCACGGCACAGACAGUCUGGCUUAUACAGCUUCUGCCCUGAGCUUUAUGUUUGCAAACCUGGGAAAGCCUAUUAUUUUGACUGGCUCGCAAGUGCCUUUUUCGGAACGGAAGAAUGAUGCUCUGGAGAAUUUGCUAGACUCUCUGGACAUAGCCGGGCACUUCAUUAUACCCGAAGUCUGCCUGUGCUUUAACUCUACGUUGUUCCGUGGCAAUCGUACAACCAAGAUAUCCGCCAGCUCGUUUGAGGCUUUUGCGUCACCAAACCUCUCACCACUGGCCACGAUUACGGCAAUGGAUACGCACGUGAAGUGGGACCUAGUCACGAGACCAACGGCGCUUGCAGCCUUGGAGCUGCAAACGAAUUUAGAUACAGCACAUGUGGCGUGCAUGAAAAUCUUUCCAGGCAUUACCCCGGCUAUGGUCGAGGCUGUACUAAAGACAGAGCAUCUUCGAGGUUUGGUGCUUGAGACAUUUGGUGCAGGUAACGCGCCGAGUGGCGACGACAAUGCAUUGGUGAAGGUCGUGGCUGAAGCCAUUAAUCGUGGUAUUGUCAUAGUAAACGUGACGCAGUGCCUUACAGGAAGUGUGAGUGCAAUAUACGCACCAGGUAUGGUCUUGGGAAGAGCUGGGGUCGUUGCUGGGAACGACAUGACAUCCGAAGCAGCAUUGACUAAGCUUGCCUACCUGCUAGCAAGACCUGCAGCGAACCCUUGGAAAGUUGCACGCGAGAUGGCUAUCUCGCUACGAGGUGAGAUGAGCAUGAACCACGCUACCAUUUUUUCACAUCCUGAUGGCACUCUCUCACACUUCGUUACAAAUUUCACCGAGGUCGCCUACGCAGUUGCUUCUGGAAACAUGGACAAAGUCAAAGACGAGCUACAGAAAGAUAUCAGCUUACUAAAUCGCUCGGAUUAUUCUGGUAACACCUUGUUGCAUCUUGCAGCUACAGGUCCUGAUAUCAAUGUUCUCAGAUACCUCCUAUCCGUUGGCGCGUCGGUGCACGCUCGAAACCACACAGGGUCUGGACGCACACCUCUCUUUCUGGCUGCCAAUGCUGGUCUCGUCGGUCAUGUCAACUUGCUUAGGCAGGCUGGAGCCCACUUACAUGCUGAAGAGUCGGGGACCGCUUCAUUACAUGCAAGGCAAAGGCCUAAAGUGUGGGCUGCCGCAGGACUGGAUGUAUUGCAUCGACAGAACACCAGGUGA